GAAAUUGCAAGAACCCACAAUUUCGUCUUUGGAAUACUCAAUGCACCAACCCCAUAACAACCACCUUCACCUUCAACCUGCCAAACAAUAACUCAGACUUGUUGCAAUGUCUACACCAGCAGAAUUUUAUCGCUCUUUGCCACCAGUGAGCAAGACUUUUGGAGUGAUCUGUUUAAUUACUACAGCUGCUCAAAGUUUAAAUCUUUUUAAUAUUUGGAACAUAGCUCUCCAAUAUGAAGAUGUGUGUAAACGUUUUCAGGUUUGGAGGCUUAUUACCAAUUUCUUCUUCCUUGGACCAUUUUCAUUUCCUUUCGCAUUUCGUCUCAUCAUAAUAGCAAAAUAUGGUGUUUCGUUAGAGAGAGGGCCUUUCGACAAGAGGACUGCAGACUUCCUAUGGAUGCUAAUCUUUGGGGCAAUCUCACUUCUGGUGAUGGCUGUUGUUCCAGUUCUAUGGACUCCUUUCAUGGGAGCUUCCUUGGUAUUUAUGAUUGUCUAUAUUUGGGGCCGUGAGUUCCCAAAUGCUCGAAUCAACAUAUAUGGAGUUGUGUCCUUGAAGGGGUUCUAUCUUCCUUGGGCAAUGCUGGCACUGGAUUUGAUAUUUGGGAAUCCAUUACUGCCGGAUAUUCUUGGUAUGGUUGCAGGACAUAUUUAUUACUUCCUAACAGUUCUUCAUCCUCUUGCCGGUGGAAAAUACGUAUUCAAGACUCCUCUCUGGGUUCACAAACUAGUUGCAUAUUGGGGGGAGGGCGUCCAAAUAAACUCCCCGGUGCAGCGCAAUCCACAUGCCGGAGUUACAUUCCGAGGAAGAAGCUACCGUCUGAAUGGAAACAGAUCAAGUUCAAGUAGCAGCCCUGCCCCAGAGCAGCAGCCACAGCAACCCAAUGCCAAUGCAGCAGCUGAUGGAGUUGCUUUCCGAGGAAGAAGUUAUCGCCUUGACGGCCGUUAAUUAGCUACAUUUCUUUGCAUUAGAUGAAAAUCAAAUACAUCUUUGCAUGACCAAAUCAACUCUAUCUAUUUGUAACCAUAGAAAUC